AUGAUGGAUCCCGAUUCGGAUAACACCUACUUCCUGGAGCGCAUUGAGGGGCUGCGAGUCGAACAAGAGAGGCUGGCUGCUGCUAGUGGGCGACCGAAGAAGUCCAAGUCUAAGGAGGAUGGCAAAGGGGACUCGGGCACUAUAGAGUGCCCUAAUGUACUCUUCUGCCUUGGUCGGGUACGCUCAUUAUGGCAAGAGUGGAGGAAUCAGCAACGAGCGCUGCUCUGGACUGCUGAUACUGAUGCAGCUAAGGACAUGGUUAAG